AUGCUUCCCUACAUAAUCCUGUCAAUCCUUAUCCGGUUAGGCUCGGCACUUGGAGCUGGUGGUAAAGUGCUCGAGAAGUAUGGGAAGCAAGUGCAAUUAUCUCCACCAACAACGUCAUCCUAUCAAGAAUGGUUUGACUCGAAUCGAGUGCAUAGUACUAGAAAUAACACGAAUAUCGAGGAUUUUAAGACGCAAUUGAGGAGGUCGUUGGAAAACACAACCGCCGCUUAUAACGCAACUUUUAUGCAACAACUCGUUGAAGAAAGACAGCAAUUUCUGGAGAAACUGAAUGAAGGCCAGUUCAUAAACGACCAGAGGCGACUGGUAGAGGAGUUAUUGGACCCAAAUUAUUAUGAGAAAACAGUCCACCCAAGAAGAGAUUAUACGAGGCCGACAAGGGUGAAUUUGAGUAUGAGCUUGUAUCAAAUAUUGGACGUGGACGAACAUAUGCAAAGUAUCGAAGUGAAUGUCUGGAUGGUUCAGCACUGGUACGACGAGUUUUUAGAUUGGAAUCCUGCGGAUUACGGUAUGAUUAACCGGACCAUAGUGCCAUAUCAUCAAAUAUGGAUUCCGGAUACUUAUCUUUAUAAUAGCGAAGAACUUGAACAGAAAAAGACAGAGUCUCUGAUGAAUGCUCAGCUUGAAACGGGUCAUUGGGAUCAGAAACAAACGGGAGCCAAGGUCCAAUUGAUGUUCCCUGCGAUAUACAAGUUAUCUUGUCGAAUGGAUCAAACCAUCGACUACUGGCCGCUAAGUUCCACGGUAAACUUGGGAAAUAUGGCGAGAAACGACGAGUGGGAAGUGAUAAGUUUCGAAUUCGUGAGAGUCGAAGAGUCAUUCAAGUGUUGUGCUGCUCCGUGGGUGAUGUUAUACGCUCAUCUGGUGAUACGAAGGAAACCGUUGUAUUAUAUGAUUAAUUUGGUGAUUCCCACAUCGAUUAUCACGAUUGUAGCGGUGACCGGGUUCUUUACGCCGACAAGCUCGAGUAGUGAGAGGGAUGAGAAGUUAUAUUUGGGUAUCAAUACCCUUCUCACAAUGUCUGUAAUGAUGCUUAUGGUUUGUAAUCAAAUGCCAUCAACGAGUACCUACGUGCCACUGAUGAGUUGGUACUAUAUCGGCAUAAUUAUGGUGAUAGUGGUGGGCACGUUCCUGGCAACCGGUGUCCUCGCGAUUCAUGGACAGAAACAUUAUAAUAAACCGAUUUCUGAUCGGAUAAGGAGGUUGAUUUAUAAUCCGUUUGUCGAGUUUUUUAUAUUGAGCCCUCCAACGUCUCUAAUCGAUUUAUGGACGGAAUUCGGUGUAAUCUCCGAACAGCGACAUUCAACUAACCUGGAUCCUCUACUAAUUCAGAAUAUGGAUCCAAUUACAGCAGCCAAAAUGAAAGCGCUUCGAAAAAAUCAAUACCGGAUGAGUAUGGAUACGAGUCAGGCGAGGAGUGUCAAGAAGCAGAAGAUGCAGAGGAGAUGUUCCCUGGAAUGGGAAUUCCUGGCCAACGUGCUCGACAGAAUCCUACUUACCGUAUUCUGUGGGUUUACAUUCGCUGUAUUUGUGAUUCUCAUCGGUUUCGACUCACUUUUCACAGUUCAUACGAAAGCCGCGCCGAAGACUAUGUAG